UGCGUUCCAGUAUCUCCAAUCCCUCCCCACCUCCCACCUUAUAAGCCGUUUCGAUCCGCUCUGAAUCAAACCCCAAGACCUCAUUGGUUGGCUCUCCCGCUCCGUAAAAGAAAGCUCUCCUCCCUCGGCAAAAGUUGGCUCCCCCAACCCCCCUCUCUUCUACUCUCUCUGCGGGCAGCGGGCUGCUUUUCUUAUAGUCAGUCGUGUUUGUGAUUGAUUGGUAUUGGGGGAAGCCAUGGAAGGGUCGGGAAAGAGCGGCGGGAGCUCGGAAAAAGCGGUCGGCGGAAGCGGUGGGAGGAGGCAGAAAGGGAAGGGUCCGAGGGGACUGAAGCUGAUGAUGACGGAGGGAGCAGCUCAGCAGCGGACGCCGGUUUUUGAGGAGGCGUCGGCGGCAUCCUUCCGGCCUCUCAAGAAGAUCAGGAGCCCGGAUCGACGUCAGUACUCUCCUUCUUCCUCUGAAUCCAAGCCCUCCAUUUCUUCUCCCUCCAGCUCCAAUCUCCCUACUCCCACUCCUACCGGCACGACAACUCCAGCAUCUUCUCUUCAUCCUCCUCUCUCUUCGCGGCAUAUAUUUCCCUUCGCCUACGACAAUUCUCAGCCAAUCUUGGACACAAAUCUUCUUCCUCUUUUCGGUUUCAAUCAGUAUCAGCAGCCACAACAGCAGAUGCUUUCGUUUGCUCACAAUAAUUCCUACCAGAUGGGAGCUUAUCCUCCUCUUCCUCCAUUCUUGGCUGCGGCGGCCGGGACCCAGCAGCAGCAGAGGUACCAAGAGCAGCUCCUCCGGUACUGGAGCGAGACCCUGAACCUUAGCCCCCGCGGCAUGAUGAACCGUCUGGCGGGACAGCCCGGGGGUGGCUCGCAUCCGUAUUCCGCCCUUUUCCGGCCUCCGAUGCUGCCGGCCGCCUCCACCCCAACCAAACUGUACCGCGGGGUGAGGCAGCGCCACUGGGGGAAGUGGGUGGCGGAGAUUCGUCUCCCUCGCAACCGCACCCGCCUCUGGCUCGGCACCUUCGACACCGCCGAGGACGCCGCCCUCGCCUACGACCGCGAGGCCUUCAAGCUCAGAGGCGAGAAUGCAAGGCUCAAUUUCCCCAAUCUCUUUCUCGGUCAGGGACGCGCCGGCGCCGGCGCCGGCGGCAGUAGUAGCAGAGAUGGGGCUUCUUGCUCUUCCUCCUCAUCCUCUGCUCCUGCCACCCCCGACCAAGUUCAAGCACAAACUCAGCACCACCAGCAACAUCGUGACAUCCCUCGCAACGAUACUCAAUUGCAAUCCCCAUCCACGCCGGUCGUUUCCGCUGAGGCAGCUCCGGUCAGCACGGAGGCCAAGUGGAGCAUGCCCGAGGAUUGCCCAUCGGGUUUAUGCGAGCCUCCGCCUUCGCUCGGAUCGAUGGCGGCCAUGCCGCAGAGCUCGGCGCCUGAAUUGGUGUGGGGGGAGGCUGAAGAGGCGUGGUUCAGCACCUUCGGUCCAGGGAGCUCCGUGUGGGACGACGUCGACGGAGCGAACAGACUGCUCCUCCAGUCCCGCCUCACCACCAUCCCUGAGUCGGAGAUGGAUGGCUCCAAUGCCGCAGAAUCAACGCAACCGCCGACGGCAACAAUGGCAUGCCAGGAUUUCACCACCACUUCUUCUCCUGAUCCUUCUCACCCUCCUUCCAUGUUCAUGUGGAAGGACUCCUAACAGGCCCUCUGUUUGUUUUAAUUCCUCCCUGCAAAGCAUCAUGCAUAGUUUUAGAGGAUUUUAGAGCAUGCUUCCAUGCCCAUCCCAAUUAGCUUGGCCACUUCACUGGCUGCAGAUUUUUAUAAGACAGCCUGUGAGAUUAGGAAUCUUCUUAUCUCCAUGUUUCCUUUGCCUUGACACUUUGCCCAUGAUUCCUGUUUUGGCUGCAUAUUUUUUCAGGCCAAAACAGGGUUACAAGUCCUCUUGCUGUCCAAGGUCUCUCUUUCUGUUCCCCCUUUUUUCAGGACUAAGAAACCUAAAGCUUUCUAUACAUCAUGUUCUAGUGGCCCUUGAUCCUUUAUGAAUCUUCUAUCUUGAUUCAUCUCCUUUACUUUUCCUGGUUCAUGGCAUUUGGUGCUUAGAGAUGGUAGUUUUAAGUAUGUAAAAGAAGGAAUUCCCAUGGUGAGGUAGGAGUGUCGAGGAGACAGUUUUGUGAUCUUCUCUUCUCCUAUCUGUACAGGGUUUGAUGAAAGUCAUUGUUCAUGUUAUGCAAAUUUAUGAAUUGAAUAUUGAAGCAUAUGUUUAUCCAA